AUGACAUCCUCAAACGGCUACGAACGCCCUCCAUACCACGACGAAUCCUUCCAACCAAGCGCAUCACCAAGAGCGGUUUCGCCACUCCAGAGUACUUCCGGGCAGGAGAACGCAUACGAUGCCUCGAGAUAUGAUGUGAGCGCAGAGGCGUUGCUAAACCCCGCGCCUGCAAAAGAGCAGACUAAUGCAAAACACAGCGAACAACAACUGAGCCACUCCAGAGAGCUACACAUCAGAGAUUGGUAUUGGGAGUUUAUUGCUGCAGUUUUCAGUAUUGCAUGCGUCAUUGCAGUCAUCAUCAUUCUAAGGAAGUAUCAAGGAAAAUCACUAUCCAGUUGGCACUUCUAUCACGACAUCACGCUCAACACACUGGUUGCCCUGCUCUCGACCCUUUCCAGGACUGCACUCAUAGUCCCAGUUGCAUCAUGCAUCAGCCAGCUCAAAUGGAUACACCUUGUAAGCUCACCGCGGCCUUUACAUGAGUAUCAGAUCCUCGAUGAAGCCAGUCGUGGGCCAUGGGGCUCGCUGACACUUAUUUUCACCCUCCAUUUCAAAACCAAACUGGCUACGUGGGGUGCCCUCAUUACCAUUGUAUCUCUUACCAUGGGUCCACUGUCGCAACAGCUACUUUCGUAUCCUUCAAGAGAGCAUCCCGAGAGAUCUGGGGCUACCUUUUACAGAAAUCAAAUCUAUGACACUGGCGCGGGCUAUGGUUUAACACAGGCAUCUACGAGAACGAUGGACCCUAAGAUGCAAGGCGCUAUUCUCAAUGGUCUGUACAAUCUCAGCGCACCUAUCCAAGUUCAAUGCCAGACUGGUAACUGUCGGUGGGAGGAUUUCACAACUUUGGCCGUAACGAGCGAGUGCAAAAAUGUCACAUCAAGCAGCAACAUGAGUUGUGAAUUCUCUCGAGGGACUAGUAGUUGCAACUACACAACACCGUCUGACUUUUUCAUUUCGUCUUAUUCAUCCACCUCAUCGGGCGAUACCCGUUCGACUGGAUUCAACAGCACCGCACUUCCACCACAAACAACCAGCCACCUUGGCGAAUUACUCAAUAGCACCUUGUUAAAAUUCGCCGCCGCCAAAAUUUCGACGCCAUUUACCGACGAAAAUCCCGACAUUACCGAGUGUAGCAUGCGCUGGGUUGCUCGCCUUGUCCAAAACACUACCUUUUCAAAUGGUACCUUUCAUCCUGGCAUUGCCAAAGACUACGAACUCAUCGGUGUUGUCAACCCUUUCGACUCAAAUCACUGGGUCACCUUUAACGUCUCCGACGAAAGCGGGACAUUUCCUGGGAACAAAAGCUUCAGCGUUCUUCCAACUGACAACACUAAACUUAUGGAAUUCCUCAACAUGGUGUUUUCCUCUUCAAAGAAAGACCUUUUCGGCCUAGUGCUGAACAACGUUACAGACUUCACACAGACUAUGAAAAGCAUGAGUGAUAGUAUUACAUAUGCUCUUGGUCAAAGUCCAACCGGUCAGGAAUUAGCAGGCGAGGCAAUUACAUUCGAACAGUAUGUGUAUGUCAAUUGGGGAUGGAUCAUCUUGCCCAUUAUUGAGGUGGCAAUGGGUAUUGCCUUUCUCGUUGCUACGUUGCUUCAGAACUGGAGAAAAGGCGUAGUGGCAUGGAAAGGCUCGGCUAUCAUACCUCUUGUUACCGAGAUGGAGGGUUGGCAUAGUGGGGAGUGUAGAGCAGGGUCUGCUCGGGAAGCCGACAAGAUGGCGAAAGGAAUGACAGGUUUGUUGGAGAGCAAAGAGGAUGGUGGUCAGAUAUUCAGACGUGUAUAG